CAUCGAACAGUGGUAAAGCGGAAAGCGACGUCGCUUUCUGGAGAAGUUUCACAUUUACGAUCUUAUAGAUCCAAAAAUAGCAUCAAAUACCUCAACUAUUCGCCUUCUCUUAAGCCCAGGAAACGGACUUUGAGUGUGGAGCGAUGGCGUGUUAUCUGAAGUGAAGAUUGAAGACGUGAUAGAAGAUGGACGACUACUGCUAUGCUAAGAUGGCGACGUCCGCUAAAAGAGAACAUGAAAGAGAAUCAGCGCCACCAACGGAGAACAAUCUGAAAAGCGAAGAUGAAGACGUCCAGCAGCUGAUCGGUAAUCCAGAAGAAGUUUCCCCUCAGUUAGGGGGGAGCUCCACUUUGAAGCAGGAGACUCCACAACCACCCUGCAUUAAAAAGGAAGAGGAGGAACUCUGCAUCACUCAGGAGGGAGAGUGUCUUCUAGGACGAGAGGAAGCUGAUUACACCAAGUUUCCACUGAGUAUUCUCUCUGUGAAGACUGAAGAUGGUGAAGAGAAACCACAAGUAGACAACCUCUUAGCUCCACUGUCAGAUAGUGAGGCUGAAGACGAGGUUGAAGAACCUUUGAGCAGCGAUACAGACUCUGAAGGUGAUAUGAGGACUCACACUGACAAAAAACACUGCUUUUCAAAGAAGAGAGGUAAACAAUGUUUGAGCUGCUCAGUUUGUGCUAAAAGCUUUUCUCAAAAGAGUAAUUUGACUCAACACAUGAGAACACACACAGGUGAAAAACCAUUUAAUUGUUCAGUUUGUGGCAAAAGCUUUUCUCGAAAAUACCGUUUGACUCGACACAUGAGAACACACACAGGUAAUACAACAAUGAAUUGUUCAGUUUGUAGCAAAAGCUUUUCUCAAAAUAACCAUUUGACUCAACACAUGAGAACACACACAGGUAAAAAAACAAUUCAUUGUUCAGUUUGUGGCAAAAGCUUUUUUCUAAAUUGCCGUUUGACUCAACACAUGAGAAAACACACAGGUGAAAAACCAUUCAGCUGUUUAAUUUGUGGUAAAAACUAUUCUUUAAAAAGCCAUUUGACUCAACACAUGAGAUCACACACAGGUGAAAAACCAUUUAACUGUUCAAUUUGUGGUAAAAACUAUUCUUUAAAGAGCCGUUUGAGUCAACACAUGAGAACACACACAGGUGAAAAACCAUUUAGUUGUUCAAUUUGUGGCAAAAGCUUUUCUAUGAAGAGCCAUGUGACUAAACACAUGACAACACACACAGGAGAAAAAACAUUUAGUUGUUCAGUGUGCUGUAAAAGGUUCCCACAUAAUGCAGCCGCAGUAAAACACAUGAGAACACACAAGGGAAAAUAACCAAUUAGCUGUUUAGUUUGUGGUAUGUUGCUCAUAUGUGGUGACAUCCACCCUACCCAGGACCUCCUCACUGCUUCUUUCACAAAUAUCUGAGGUAUUCAUACAAACUUGGAUUAUUUGGAGCAUAAUCUUAUCUACUCAUGACCCCAUGUCUUCUAUGUAUCUGAAACCUUCCUGAACAGUAAGAUAGAUGAUGCUUCAAGUGCUUGGUUACUCCUUCUUCAGUCCAGGGACCUGGGGCCUCAUGUGUCAAGUUUGUGUACGCUCAAAAACCUGCACUACACCCUUUUUCACUGCAAAGUUGAGAUGUAUCAAAACUGACGUUGACACAUAAGUGAUGCUGGGUAACUGUUCCCAUAAAAACGUGACAACUUUUACUCCUCAGACUGAUUGAUGUGCAAAUCAGAGACAUAUGAACAAUGAACCCCCAACCCAACCCCCACCUCCCUCGACAUUCGGGCAUAACAGGUUCAAUCCGGCCCACAAGAUGAGUUUGCGAAGUGUAAAAUUCAGCUGCAUUUUUUUUAAUGAAAGAAACUGCUGUUCUAAAUGUGUCCACUGGAUGUCGCAAUAGCAAUUCUGUUAGGCAAGCAAACAGUUUAUACGGGGCGAGCAAGUAUACCAAGCAAGAGGUACACGGUAAAGCGGGGCUGUGACUCCUCCCCCUCCACCCAACGUAAAACAGGAGUAAAAUAAGCAAUCAGUAACCCCACUUAAAAUGCAGCAUGAGACACUGCACACUGAUAUAGUUCUGUGAAAAUGAUUGUCUUCUGUGCAAAUGUAAAGAAAGUGAACAGUGUGUGAUUUACUGCAAUACUGUCAGUCUUUUAACUUUUUAUGUGUGCUUUGUUGAAAUUGUUCACACAUUGCACUGCUUUUAUUUUUCUAUAGUUACACAGUUGAGAAUAUAGGAUAUACGUUCCGGCAAAAAGUAAUGAUGUCAUAUAAAUUUAAUAUGAAAAAAUAAUGCAAAUAAACUAAAGUCCCGCCCUCUGACUUCCGGUGUAUAUGUCCCGCCUUCUGACGUCUGACUAUGAUUUGACAGAUCAUUGCACAGCUUUUAUUUUUCUAUCAAUACACAUUAUGUCUAGAAGACAGGAAGUAACUCAACACUCUUGAAUAGUUUCUACCUCAGUUUGUAUGGUUUGUUGAGUUAGCACAGGAUUAAUAUGUGGAAAUGACAAAUGAGGUAGUUGAUACAUAGAAUAGUUAUUAUUCAUGGUUUUUGUUUUUUGUUCAAUCCUAGAUGGGUUGUGACUUAAAGUUUAAUUGCUUUGUAGAAACACUGAGAUUAAGUAUAAGUUCAUUGUGUUCUUCAAGGUGUUUUUGAAAGUGGAUCAUUUUUUAUCCUCAGAAUUUUUUAUCUAACUUGAAGUGUUUUGUCAAGAGGAUUAUUUGUGACAUAUGUACAUUUUCAGAAUGUGCUUGUUCUAUUUUG